AUGGCUGAACGGUAUACGGCAGAGUUUCUGCUACAUCUGCGGGACUCGCCGCUAUGCGUUAAGCCUCCAAAUCUGCCCCCUCCUGAGGAGUGGAUGGGGCCACCUCCGGAGACAUUCCGGACCCAGCAAAAAAUAACCAACGACCGCCCCAAACCCGGAGAAGGCGGUGCGCUCUUGAAUCAAGAGAACAGGCGCCCACCCCAUGAUCGCAAUGGGUCGAGAAAUGCAUCGAACCCCGAUGAGAUUAUUCUUGGUCCACCGCGGACCAGCUUCGCAUCUGCAUCCGCCACGUCAAUGCGCGGCGUUCGGAAUAGUGACGCCGAGAAGGGAUUCCGGGGACAGGAGCGACAGGACCGUACCGACCGCUUCGCCUUCCGUGACCGCGCUAACGACUCGGACAACCGAAACAAUACCUCCCGCCGGCAGCCUGGCCAGGGUCAAGACGGCGAAGGCUGGAACACUGUGCCGCCGCGCAAGAGCUUUGGCCACGAGGGCGCUGAGCGCUUCCAAGGGCGCAUGGGUGGCGUCGGCAAUGACCGCUUCGGCCCCCGGGACGACAACCGCCGGCCGCGGGAUCGAGACGACCGAGAGGGCGGGGAUCUCCGCCGCAACCGCGAGUUUGAGCGCCGUUCGCGAGACCAAGAGGCCGAAGACCCCGAAACCCCACGCAGGAAUGGGCUGGGCCGGGGCAAGUCGGAGUCCUGGUUCAGGGAGAAUGCGGCCGGCGGCAGCUCUGAUGCUCCUCCCAAAUCUCAGCGGGAGCGCAUCGAGAAGGCCAAGAGCUGGCGCGACCGGGACCCUGAAGACAGCAAACCCAACGACAGGUAUGGCGACCGUAACGACAGAAACUUUGAGCGAAGGUGGGAUCGCGAUCGCCAUGCGCGUGUCGAGAACGACCCCGAGUGGCUGGAUGAGCCUCUCGAGGACAAGCCCCAAGGCCAUACGGAAGAGGACUUCAAAAAAUUCAUGGAGACCAUGAAGGCGGGCCGAAGCGGCGGUGCUCCGAAGGAGGAAGAGAAACCCAACAUGGUCUUCGAUCAGCCACCAGUUGCCGCAGCUGCCGCAGCCGUCGAAGUCGAGCACAAAGUUACCUCGGCUCCUGCUACUGAGCAGGCGCCGGACAAGUUCUUUGCCGCCUACGGUAGUGCCGGUCUCGACGUCGGGACGCCGAUUGCCGAGGUGAAAGACGCGGCUAAACCAAGGACUGGAAAAUCUUCGAGAUUCAUGGCGUUCCUAAAUCCCCAAGAGGACAACCGGGCGAGGACCGAACCGCCGACUCCCGCGGCGGCGGUCCAGCCGGGCGACAGGCCUGGCCCGGCUCACCAAACCGAGGCCGAGAAGGAAGCGUUUGCCCUUCUCAUUCAGAAGCUCCAGAGGUCAGGUCUUGGGCCGGCUUUGGAACCGAACGCACCCCAAUCGCAGGCGACCCCCGGCAGGUUUCCCGAGACCUCUCCUUUCCAAGAGCUGCUCCAGAAGAGCGCAAUGGCUUCACCGGAACCAUUCCAGCAAUACGGCAACCAAGAUAGGCGCGAAGACCCGCGCACACGCGGCUCCCAACACUCCCUACACGACAUUAUCUCCCCUCGUCCGGUCGGGCUCCCAAUGCCCCCCCCACAGGUUUCUCGCCCGGAGCAAGCCCUGCAGGAUCUCCUCGCUCAGCGCCACCAUCUUCCCGGCCAGCCUCUCGCACGCGCAGAACAACAGAAUAUGACGGCCGUCAACCGAAAUAGGGAAUUCUUAGUGGGUCUCAUGCAGGGCCGCCGCGAGACACCAGAGCCACCACGCGCCGAGCAGCUUAUGCUCCGCAUGCCGCAGCCGACCAAGCAGGUGCCGCUCGCCAACAUGCCGGACCGCGAGCAAGACCACCCCCGGGAGCGGAGCUCCUCCCAACGCCAGCAGAUGCGCGGCGGCCCGCCGGGCUUCUUAGACGAGAACCAAUUCCAUCCAGGAGACAUCGACGGCCGCCCACCCCCACAGCCGACGCAGAUUCUGCAGCGCCCCCCUCCUCCUCCUGGUCUCGACCACCAGAUGCACCACUUCCACAUGGGCGGAGUUAACCCCGCCGCCGCUGCCGCUGCCGCCGCUGCCGCAGCCGGUCAGAUGCCCCCCCAGCGACCCAUGAUCCCGCCUCCAGGGUUGAUGAACAACGGACCCCGCAACGUCCCCAUGCCAGGCAUGUACCUCCCUAACUUUCCGCCUCCACACGGCCACGGCGGUCCGAGCAAUUUCCCCCCGGGGCCUCCUCACAGCGGUGGUCCCCCGCCGCCGGAUGGCAUGGGCGGCCCGUCUUCCGGUCCCCCACGCCCAAUGCAGCCGCCACCGGGAUUCUUUGGCGGCCCGCCCCCGGGGUUCAUGCCCCCUCCUGGGAUGGGUGGUGGCCCCGGCUUCCAGGGCCCAGACGGGCCCCAGCCGCGUAAUGCCGGACCCGGCCCCGGACCCGCACUCGGUAUGGGCGGGUAUGGUGGGCCGCCGAAUCUAUUUAACGAGUUAGAUCGCCUGAACGGCCUCGACCGGCGCGGGAUGAUGCCUCCUCCUGGUGGAUAUAGAGGCCCCUGA